AUGAAUAAACCAGAGUAUAAAACCAUUCCUCACACGUGCUCUGGUCCACCCGACCCGUUCGGGUACGGUAGCAAACGGAUCGGACCCAACGGUGACGUUGGGUGGAUUGAGUAUAUUCUCCUCAAUGCUAAUUCCCAAGUCACCUCUCUCAACACCCAUGCCGUUUUCCGUCAAAGUCCUCGGAUUUUCCGAGCUGCCAUGGAGGAGUACAUGUCGGCGGUGAAAGAAGUUGCGUUCCAGGUGCUGGAAAAAAUGGCGGAGGGGCUGGGGGUGGAGCCGCGUGACAGGCUGAGCAAGCUCGUCAAGGACGAGAAGAGCGACUCGUGCCUGAGGCUGAACCAUUAUCCGGCGGCAGAGGCGGAGGCGGAGGCGGAAGGACGGCGGAGGGAGGUGGUAGGGUUCGGAGAACACACAGAUCCACAGAUAAUAUCAGUGCUGAGAUCAAACGACACGGAGGGUCUUCAGAUUUGUCUGAAAGACGGCAAAUGGGUCGCUGUCCCUCCUGAUCACUCCUCUUUCUUCGUCAAUGUCGGAGAUGCCCUUCAGGUGAUGACUAACGGGAGGUUCAAAAGCGUGAAACACAGGGUGGUGGCGGACACAAGUAGGUCGAGGGUGUCGAUGAUAUACUUCGGAGGGCCACCUUUGGCGGAAAAGAUCGUACCUUUGCAAUGUCUCGUGCCCAAACAAGAGGACUGUCUCUACAACGAGUUCACGUGGUCUCAGUACAAAUUCUCCGCUUACAAGACUAGACUCGGUGACUAUAGACUCAGUCUCUUUGAGAAAAAACCCGUCGUCCAAAUAUGAGUCAUGGUGAUGGUGACCCUUUGCUAUAUAUGUUUGAUUCCAACCUUAAUAUUAAAAAGAAAUAAGUAAUGGGUUUUCAUUAGGGCAAAAAGCAUUAGGGUUUGCUUAGAGUUUGACUCUCUACACAGUCUCUGUUUUGCCUUUACAUAUAAAAUUACUACUACAUAGGAGUUUUGUUCUUUCUUAAUCUCUCUAUGUUUUCAUUUUUGCUCUUUGUUUGUGCUUUGGUGUGUAUCAAAUCAAUGUAUGAUCUCGCUUUGUAUUAUGUCACCAGUA